CACCCACCCAUUCUCUGAAUUACAAAUUAUAAAGUCGCCCCUUUUCCCAGAAGAUUAUCUUUCUCCAACGCUCGCCUUCCCAUCAAGAAGAGUCAAAACUCCUGCAAGAAUUUGAGAAUGGACUCGUCUGAGAAAAGUUCGGCUCAGAGGAUCGUGAUUCCGAACAGACACAACGAGAAGCUCGUGGGUCUGCUUCACGAAACUGGGUCAAGAGAAGUUGUGAUCUUGUGCCAUGGGUUUCAAUCCAACAAGGACAACCAAACUAUGAACAAUGUGGCUGCUACUUUAUAGAAAGAAGGCAUCACUGCUUUCCGUUUUGAUUUCUCUGGGAAUGGGUAUAUGUUUCUCUCUUUCUUGCUUUGAUUUGAUGUUUUGGGAGCUGUUGCUGCGCCUUCACGGUUGUUGUUGUUGCUGCAGAGAGAGUGAAGGCAGUUUCUAUUAUGGUAACUAUAACCAUGAAGCUGAUGAUCUACGUUCUGUUUUCCAACACUUCUCUGACAUGGACCGUGUGGUUCCUGUUGUUCUCGGCCACAGUAAAGGAGGUGAUGUGGUGCUCCUUUAUGCCUCCAAGUAUCACGAUAUCCGCAAUGUAAUCAAUCUCUCUGGACGUUAUGAUCUGAAGAAAGGCAUUACAGAGCGUCUUGGGGAAGAUUUUUUGGAAACAAUUAAGCAACAAGGGUUCAUCGAUGUUAAAGAUGGAAAAUCAGGGUACCGUGUUACUGAGGAGAGCUUAAUGGAGCGGUUGAGCACUGAUAUGCAUGAAGCUUGCCUCAACAUUGACAAAGAAUGCAGGGUUUUGACGGUUCAUGGAUCGGAUGAUGUGGUAAUACCCGUGGAAGAUGCCAACGAGUUUGCAAAGAUCAUUCCGAACCACAAGCUGGAGAUUGUGGAGGGAGCUGAUCAUUGUUAUACCAAACAUCAAAGCCAGUUGGUUGCAACAGUUACUGAGUUCAUUAAGACAGUCAUUCUGAAGAACAACUAGUCCUUUAUUUUUUGUUUCUUUGAGAAAAUGUUCAGGUUACAUACUCCAUUUUCUACACUUGGUCGGCUGUUUGGUUUGGGUUUAAGAAAUAAUAGUAAUCAAAAUACAUUUCUUCACUGA